AUGCCAACGAACAUGGAGCGACGACUUCUUGAUCACUAUAUAGGAGAAAAGCUUCUUGUUAAAGGGGUCUUUGAAUCUACUUACUCCAUGGAGACUUCCAAAUUUACUUUUUUCACCAUCCUCUUUCUUUUCGGGUUCAAUGAGAACUUCUCCAUCGCAUUGCGUAUUAGUUCUCACAAGAGUUGCAAUUUCCCGGCAGUUUAUAACUUCGGAGAUUCAAAUUCAGAUACCGGAGCUAUCUCAGCCGCCAUCGGAGAGGUUCCUCCACCAAAUGGAGUUGCCUUCUUCGGAAGAUCUGCAGGAAGACAUUCCGAUGGCCGUCUCAUUAUAGACUUCAUUACUGAAAAUCUCACGUUGCCGUAUCUAACACCAUACUUGGAUUCGGUUGGAGCUAAUUACCGGCAUGGUGCUAAUUUUGCGACUGGCGGUUCUUGCAUCCGCCCGACCUCUACUUGCUUUAGCCAGUUCCAUCUUGGGACUCAAGUGUCCCAAUUCAUUCACUUCAAGACUCGUACUUUGUCUCUCUACAACCAAACCAAUGGAAAAACUCCAUUCUGCAAAGAAGUCCUUGCAAGACCCAAAGAUUUCUCAAAAGCUCUUUAUACAUUCGAUAUCGGCCAGAACGAUCUCGCGAUCGGGUUUCAAAACAUGACGGAGGAACAACUCAAAGCAACUAUACCCAAAAUCAUCGAAAACUUCACUCUUGCUUUAAAAUUGCUAUACAAAGAAGGAGCAAGAUUCUUCUCAAUCCAUAACACUGGACCGACGGGUUGCUUACCAUAUAUUCUGAUAGCAUUCCCGGCUACACCGCGAAAUUGGGACGGUUGUUUGAAGCCUCUGAACAAUGUUGCGAUUGAGUUCAACAAGCAGCUCAAAACCAAAAUUGCUGAACUAAACAAAGAGUUACCUUCUUCGCUCUUUACUUAUGUUGAUCUCUACUCAGCAAAAUACCAUUUGAUCGUCAGAGCAAAGAAUCACGGUUUUGUGGAUCCUUUUGAUUAUUGUUGCGUUGGGGCGAUCGGACGUGGAAUGGGAUGUGGAAAGACAAUAUUUCCAAAUGGGACAGAACUUUAUAGUUCUUCAUGUAAAAACCCAAAAGAAUUCGUAAGUUGGGAUGGCAUACAUUACUCCGAAACCGCGAAUAUGCUUGUCGCAAAAUGGAUCCUUGAUGGUUCCAUAACCCAUCCGCCUCUCCCUACUCAAGAAUCUUGCAAGGUGAUGAAGAAAAAUUAA